GACGCACUACCUUUCAUCAUCUGUAUUUCCCUCAUUUCUAAGGACUUUUCUUCUUCUUUUUCAACAAGUUGCAUCCAUAAUGGGUGCCUUUGCAAAACUGAGCAUUGUUUUUGUUGCCAUAUUUGGCGUACUCUUUCAAUUGUACCUGAAAGAUGAAAUUGUUAACCUAUUCGCCAUAGGCAGGACGAUCCAGCCUAUCAGCGACUUCCCUUACACAUGCCGACGCAUAGAAAAUUCUCGCUUGCAGGCCUGUGAAGACAUGUGGCUUUCUGAACAGACGCGCCAGUUGUUCAUGGCAUGCUCAGAGCCGCUGGGCCGGGCCGCAUGGCUGCCCGCUGUGAUGGAACUUGACUGGGAGAAACGAUCGCUCAAUGACGCUGUGAUAGUUGCCGAUAUCGACAAGCCCCAUGGGGACUUUUUCGUCACCAGGGUGCUUUCGACCCAGGGCUAUGAAGGCAUCUCGGGUGACAACAAGCGGAUGUAUCUGCAUGGCAUAGAUGGUCUGGAUGGGCAGUCGGAAGAUGGGAAGCCCAAGAUUUCCAUUGCACUCAUUAACCACAGGGCGUCUGUUGAUGCUGUGACGGGCAAAGUUCUGGAUGCCUCUGCUGUCGGAGGCAACUCUACCGUCGAGAUAUUCGAGACAGGCCCGGAUGCUACCGAGCUAAGGCAUGUGCAAACAUACGCACAGCCUAAUAUCACUGUUCCGAACAGGGCAACCUUUGCUGGAGAUGAUGUUGAUGCUGGCAUUUACGUGACCAACGAGAGCAAGGCCAAGGUUGGCUUCGUAGCCAAUCUGAUGGCGAUCCUCUCGAUCGGCAACGUGCAGUUUUGUGAUGCGACAGGCUGCGAGGAAAUUUCGAGCCGCAUUCGGUUUCCAAAUGGCCUCUAUCGUGCUCGUGACGGCCUUCUCUAUGUGCCUUCGUCUGGUUCCUCUAACAUCCGCGUGUAUCGCCAUACCCCUGGGGCAAGCAACAAUGAGGGGCGAAGACACCCGGUCGAGGAGGUCGGCAUUAUCAACAUAGGAUACAGCAUCGACAACAUCUCGGAAGAUGCCGACGGCAACUUGUUCGUCGCCGCCUUCCCCAAAAUUACCGAGAUCCUCAAAUUCGGCGAUGACCCCAUGAAUAAAUGGAGCACGGCUACCAUUUUCCGCAUUCGCAAGACCCAGGAGGCCGACGGAAAGUUGAGCUUCACCUUUGAAAAGCUCAUCGAGGAUAGAGACAAAGAAGUCCUGCCUGGUGCAACCACGGCCGUGCGUGAUGCCAAGACUGACCGCCUAUUCCUGGGAGGCGUCACCACACCCUUUAUCACCGUCUGCGACCCAAAAUAAUGGUCGCUUACAAGAUGAAUCAGGGAGCCCUAGAGAGGCUUGAAAAUCGUGGCAUCCUUUUGUACAGAUUACUCGUCUGCAGUUUUGUUGGUCUUGUGCAUGACAGCCCGAGCGAAUCCGGAGCCCCACAGGUGGGAUCGAGAUCGGGAGUAGCCGGGACCGGGGUUUGCGUCUUGGUCUGUUCGCAACUUUUCGAAGCUGGUUUGGAAUUUGUUGGGUGCAAAUUUUGCCGGGUGAUUUCCCGAUUAGUUGGCCCAGCCAUCUGUUUACAACUUUGCAUGUAAUAUUUUGUACAAUUUCCCAUCCUCUUCUUCUAGCAAACUGAAAAAAAAAACAACAACAUCAAUUCGAUCAUUUGUUAGCUUGCACCGAGCUAGAGGCUUAGGCAACUCUCAAAGCAAGACUUCUCGACCGAAAGGGAUCCAUCU